AUGGCCGGCAAACUCACCGCUGCUUCUACCUGUGGAACUUCGCGAGGCCAAAGCUGCCACUCUAAGGUGUUUCCAGGAGCUCCGGGUGCGAAUCGCCUUCAGCCCAAGGUCCAGAGCAGCCACCUCAAGGAAGCUCCGCUGUGGAGCACGGCCAAGACUUCAGUGCUGCUCAGGAGCAGAAGGGUCUUUUGUACCUCGUACCUCGACAAGACACAUCACUUGUGGGAGCAGCUGGAAAACCUGAGCUUGGCCUUCGAGCCAAAAAGUGCAGACACCAAGCCUCAUUUGGAGCGAUUCCCAGUAGCGCAGGCAUCAUACAAGCGGUCGUCUGCUCUAUCUCAUGGGGCCCCACAGAAAAAUGCCUUUCACACCCCUCAAUCAGCGCAGGGGUCUCAGGGCAAACUUCAGGGGUGGAAAGGUGCCGAAGGCCACAGGUCCUGGACCCCUGGGCCGCCACAGUGGUACUCGAGUCCUGUGUCGCGAAUCGGGGAGCUCCCAGAUACAGUCCCUUCUGUAGCACUGAAUGGUCGCCUUGGUCACAGAGAGACCCCCACAGACCCAGAGAUACUCCCUACUGUUCACCACCUUGGCCACAGAGAGACCCCGCACCGUUCAUCUGGAUCACAGAGACGCCACCACAGACCUCAAGAUUCCCCAUAUCAGUCACUGAACGCAUAUGCGACCCCCAGGUCCACUUCUCUCUCCGCGGGCACGUGGAGGCGCUCCAGGCCGGAUAUCUGCUCAUAUUACAAGGCGUCCAUGCUGGAGGACCCUUGGGCUGAGCUCCAGCUCCAACAAGCCCGGACCAAGAGCUCGGCCGAGUCCGCUGUCUCAGAGCGAUUAGGACCGCUCCUCCUGCCGGCAGCUUGGGAGGGGAUGUGGAUGUCACAUCGCUGGACGUGGCGACGACUCGAACUGAAGAAAUGCUAGUCCCAAGGUUUAUAGGUUUCAGAAAUAUCUUUGUUACAUAAUAUUGCCUAAUGUUUUACACAAUACCAUACACUGAUGUAAUCUGUCUAAUUGUCAAUAAAUUGUAAAGC